GAUUGGACGAAUUUGGGUCCCACUACAAGUUCGUUCACGAUGAGGUCCACAUGGGUCUCGAUGGCUGGCUAGUUCAGCGCUGCCCUCUAGCGAUCUAUGGUUGCACGUACUCGCAACAUCAGCACUACCCCAACCAGGAGUGCAACAGAGUUGUUUACAACCAACCGCUGGAGAGUUUCACAUUCAAACGGGUGGAGGAUAUCUCCAAGGAUACAGCUCAGAUUGAAGAGAUGCCAGCAUCAACCAACGAUUACACGGGACAGACUUCAGCAGCUCUACCAAAAGGCAACUCGCCAUCGGGUGAAACGGACCGCUGCUUCACUGCCCGACCCAGAGUCCACCGAUCUCUCUCUUGGGAGCCGGACUACCUCAGCCUGCUUCCCGUAGAGCUCCUGCGAUACCUCACCUGGUUCCUGGACCCCUUCACCCUGAAUUUCCUGGCGCAGGCGUCCAGGUGCCUGCGUCUUGUAUGCUGUAGCGUCCUGGAAGAGCGGGGGAUGGUGGUGCCGCAGUGGGAAAAGAUGGACGGAAGAUGGAGAGUCGCUAAGGAGGUCUGGAAGUUCAGCACAGCAGUCAGCCCAGUCCGUAAGUGGUGCUCGACCGAGCCAAACCGUAUGGCCGCUCAUCUCGCGAACUGUCCGUACAAUGUCACACAUCCGUACACGGGGCCGCGUGUGCGUCGCAUCAUGAUGAGAGAUCCACAAUUGCCACCCGCGUCGAAACAUUGGACGUAUGAGGGUUUGGAAUAUCCGUGUUGGAAUGAUGACUGAAAAUAAGUCAUGAGUGGAGCCAUGAAUGGAGUCGUUAAUUUACAGUGCCCUUUUGUCUCUAGUGAUCCAAACAUUGUAAAUGGCCGGAAAAUUGUACCCAGGACAACCCUUUAAUAUUUCAAGUGUAGUAGAGGUAAAUUUAAGUUGUGUUUUUUUUUCACUGGUUCCUUUACCUAACAAUUUUCCGGCGGCAUUUUUUUUUUAUCUAUGUCAUCUUUAGUGGAGUCAAGGAACCAGAAUACUUGAACAUUCGUGUUUUUCUUGGUCUUCAACCAUCGUAACAAUAUUUGGAUCUAUUAUACUAACCCCCAAAAUAGUUCAUUUCUGAAACUUACAGCAAAAGCUGGAUGUACAUGUACAUUCCCUUUUAAAGGACUAUAACAUCCAGUAGGGGGCCAUUCAAAAUUCUCAAUGUCUUUAAAUUUUGAUUUGUUUUUUCCAAAUUGUUUUGACCCACCUAUCCACCCCUAUAUUCGAUGUGAAAAAUGUGAUUUGUUAUGCAGUAUCAAAAAUCCAAAUACAUGUACAUGCGCUUGCAUGCACAUACAUUCGUAAACACUGGCAGUCGUGGACCCCCUUGGUUUUGUACACACAUUUCAA